AUGCAUAUAGAGGAGUUGAAGGAGACAGAGCAAGAGGAGGAGAACGUGCUCUGUAAAGCUGAUGGAUCAAUUGUGCUAUGGUUGGAUGCAAAGAGGAUUUUAGUUGGGGCUGGGGCACGGGCCCUCUUUUACCCGACUUUGCUUUACAAUGUCGUCAGGAAUAAGAUUCAGGCGGAGUUCCGUUGGUGGGAUCGGAUUGAUAAUUAUGUACUAUUAGGUGCUGUACCAUUCCCCUCAGACAUCCACCGGCUGAAGGAGCUUGGUGUCAUUGGAGUUGUCACCUUAAAUGAAUCAUAUGAGACUUUAGUACCAUCCUCUCUCUAUGAAGCUCAUGGUAUACAUCACUUGGUGCUUCCCACAAGAGAUUACCUCUUUGCUCCAUCACUAGCUGAUAUAUGUCAGGCUGUUGAUUUCAUUCAUGAAAACACAUUACACAAGCAAAGUACAUAUGUACACUGCAAGGCUGGUCGUGGACGCAGCACAACCAUCGUCAUUUGUUAUCUAGUGAAAUAUAAGCAGAUGAUGCCUGCCGCCGCAUACGAGUAUGUGAAGUCUAUACGACCCAGGGUCCUCUUGGCAUCUUCCCAAUGGAAGGCUGUCCAAGAAUUCUAUCUUCUGGCGGUCAGUGGUGGUUGUAUAUCGAGCCACACGAUAAAUAUGUCCUUCAUAAGCCCGAGGUCACGGGAUUUUUUCUCAUUUGAUGAUUGCUCCAUGGUUGUUAUAACUGAAUCAGAUCUUGAUGGAUAUAAUGCUGAUAAUGCCUCAGAGCUUGUUAGAAAUAAGGUGUGGGGUGAUGUGAACUUGGUAUACCAGGUCAGAAUUGUGAGUGAAGCUGCCCUGACCGGACUCGCGUACCUGAUUUCGUUCACGCUGCUCGUUGAUGAGCUUUGGGAGGAACCUGCAACUUUUCAGGUGAAACGUAUUUCCAGUGAUCGACCAUGGAUGUGA